AUGCACCAAGGCAAAGUGAUUUUAUUCGCAGCGAUAAUCGCCCACGUCAACGCCGAUCUCACCUGCCUAGCCUGGGGUCUCAUAGUCUCAGUCGUCGGGCUUAUCUGCCACAUCGCACCGGACCGAUUCCACGCGGCGGAGAACGCCACGAUCUCCGACAUCACGAAUACUGUACAUGAAGCAAAAAUUGCCGCUGGCGAGCUACUAGAUUUUGAUCUCACGCACAACCCCGUUGCGGUUGGUUUUACUUUUACAGAGCUAGCCGUACAAAAUAGGACGGGGGUGGCGGACGAUUAUCUUGCGAAGACGGCGGGAGAUUUCAUGGAUGUGGGCAUUGGGAUUGUGAAUGAGACAAAGCAUCAGAUUGUGCAGAUAUAUGAUAUGGCCAAUUGGAAUGAUGUGUCGAUUUGUUUGAUCAGAGGUGGUGUGGACCUUGCGAGGAAAGCAACUGCGACUGCGAGGAUGAGCAGACGAGCUCUUUCUCUCAAUCAAGCGGUUGAGGUCGCGAAAAGUUGUACGGACGCGAAGGUUGACAAGAUACUGCAUCCUGCUGUAUUGAACUUCACCGAUCCCAACCAGAAAGUCGGCAAGACAAUAUCGGACGUGGCAGGUCUCUUCGCACCUGUGGGCGUAGAAGCAGAAGCUGGCGCUGCCGCAAAAGCGGAAUUUGAUCUUGCGAUCUAUGGCAGUGAAGACACAACACGGAUCGCCAAAGCCGUCGACAGCCCUGGAACCGGAGCCACUCAUUUUGCGAGCCAGCAGGAAGCCGAGGCCGUGGCAGAGAAGCUCCAAGAUCCAUCAUGGCCAAAAGCCAAUUGUCGUACCUGUGCAACAGCAAGUACGGGGGAUUUCAGCCUUGGGAAGACUCCGGCACGCCGCCGCCGACGCCUUUCUCGCCGCGCUGGCACCACCUUUUCGUUCUGUUGUCGCGUUCCACCGAUGCCGGAGAUCGGCACCGAUACAUCAACUCUUUUGGAACAAGCCACAGAGGACUCCUACACCCCGGACCCAGGAUCCAUCGAUCCCAAAGACGUCCCGCCAUCGCAGUCUCGCGCCAUCUACGACACAAGUAAACCGAUCAAAUACAUCCCCGAAACCGACCUCGUCAAACCCCCUGCUCUCCUCGCACACGAUCUGGAAGCAGACGGCGCGGAGGCAGCUCAGGGCCUGAAAACCGACUUGUCCAGCUACGAUGUCGGCCUGAUCCCUUUCAGCAAAGCGGCGCAAUCAACAGGCAUGGGUAGCGCGAAGGACAUGUUCGCCACGCUCCGCAAAGCAUUCACAUCUGGACCGGGCGACGCCCUGUACGAUGGGAUGCGCGUGACGCAAAAAGACGGUACCGACCGACUCGUGGCUUCGAGCUUCAACUUCGCCCCAAGCGCGGAUGUCGUGAAACCGCUACGCGCCUUCGCGGACGCCGCGCUCGAGGACGGCAAAGCUGCCAUUUCGGCGCUCAUCCCUGACCGCUUCACGUCUGACAAUUUGCUGGGGCAGGUGGAGUUCUUUUGGAUCCCGCCGUCUGAGAAGGCGGGACAAGGGGUUGAUGUUAGGGGGCUGCAUUUUGAUGGCGGGAUUAUGCAGUUUGCGGCUGCAGAUCGCGAGGGGCUUGUUGUGAUGAGUUCGAGGACGGGCGAGGCGAGUAGGAUGCCCCUUGCUGAUGAGGGAGGGGUGGAGAGCUGGGCUUGCAUGAAGGCUAGUGGGUAUGGUAUUCUGACGGGCGAGCAGGUGACUCUGCAUGCCGUUUAUGGACCUGAUAUUGUGAGGGACGGACGCGUCAGUGUGGUUGUUAGUAUUGGCCCGAUGUAUCUUGAGGACACGGUGCCCUGA